AUGAAUAGAGAGUUGUUGGCAUCUAUUUAUGGAUGUUUGGAACAUCUUAACUUUAGUGCAUUGCCAAAGUUGAUCAAACAGAAACAGGUGCCAGAUGGUACUAUACCAUGGAGCAAGUUCUUGGUGCUGUUACAGAAUCUAGGCAAUUGCGAGAGCAUGUAUUAUAAGCAUUCAUACCUAUCACUUAAAGCAAACAAUAUACAAGAUCAAUAUAUACAAGUAUCAAAUGAUUUGAAGAACUUGUUGAAGCCUUCAUCUACUACAACUACAACUACAACAACAACAUCACUCAAUGCUGCUGGGCAACCAAUUCAAUCACAGUCACAACAGUCACAGUCAUUACAACAUAGACCAGAUGAUCCAGAGUAUUCAUUCAUAUCAUCAUUAGUACUUCAAACAUGCAUCAUUGUACAGGUUAGAAUAGACAUGAUUGGAGUAUAUACAACAUUGGUAUUAUCAGCGAGUCAGAGACAAGAUGUCAAUCUAGACAUGAUGAUCAACUCAUUGGAACUCAUUCCAACUAUCUAUCGUGACAAGAUAACUCAUCCACUCUUGCUUGGAAUCAAGGCAAACACAAACUAUGAGAUAUCAAUACUGCGCAACUUGUUGAAGGUAUACUCAUUCUUGGCUAGACACGUGUUUAAGGACACGAUAUUCAUGUUGUAUCAAGCUCGUAUUGAGUUGGAAUCAUGGAAGGACUUUGAUCAGCAUAAUCUAAGUCGCACAUUUGAUAAGCCAACUGGCUGGCAAUCGAAUAGUAUACAUCAAUGGCUAUCACUGUUCUACAGUGCAUUGCUGGCCAAGGCCACGCUGUACUUCCAUCAUCCACUGCGAACGGUUGAGGAAGAGAAUGGCGGCUCGUUCGCCUCAUUCAAAGAGGUGGUAGUGCGCAACAACCCUGACUACUGCUCAAUGAUCGAGGCUUUUGUCCAAAAGAGCAAUGCAUGCUUCUUUGGCAUCUUCUUGGAGUGCAAGGGCAAUCCCUAUACUCGCACCGGCUACAGCUUCAACAGCGAGGACAACAUACCAUCAGGACUAAGUGCCUAUCCUCCCAUUUAUUUUUAUCCAAGCGACAAACAACCAACAAACUACCUUCCAAACAUUAUAAGCAUAUUGUUGGAGAACUCUUCAUCGAUGGAGAGACCUGGCGAUAUAUUCUUUUAUUUGGACAAGCAGAUAUAUAAGGCGGACACGACACAUCAAUCAUCACAUCAUCAAGGACAGACGACACCACAAAAGGGCAAUAUGUCAUCAUCAUCACUGGCUGCAUUACAACAGGAAUACCUAAGUGACUACACCUACUUCUUAGUGCGCAUUGACCAUCAACUAUUCAUCACAGUGAUCUAUCGAGAGAUAAAGAAACAGAAGGAUUCUGUAAUCAAUGAGUUCCUCAAGGCACUCGUCUCCAACCUUCGCAACACCGACCUAUUCAACAUGCUCAGGACCAAGCGUCCUGAAUAA